AUGGAAUCUGAGAGAGUGUCGUUACGAAUGUUCCACGAGCAUCCUAUGAUGCCUUGGAAUGAUCUGAGGAAAGGUGAUUGUUGUGAUCACUUUGAAUCUCAGAGCGAUGGAUACUAUUGUAAAAUAUGCGACCUUUUUGUGCACAAGAAAUGUGGCGAACACGAGCUCUCUGAAUCUAUCGACCACCCAUAUCACCCCAAUCACACUCUCUGGCUUCGUCCACAUACUCAAGGUAUUAUUAUUAAUACCGUAUGUGCUUUAUGUGAUAGGAGAAGCUUGUUUCUAUCGUAUCGUUGUGCUAUAUGUGACUUCGACUUGGAUAUACGCUGCUUCAAGUACCCACCACCAGAGGUUAUUGAUAAUUUCAAGAUGCACCACCACAAGCUCACACUCGUCAAGGAGUGGACUGAAAUUGACUGUUCUGCUAAGUGCGGGAAGGCUGGUCAUGGAUUUCCUUAUAGAUGUGAUGAUUGCAAUGUAGCCUUCCAUGUGGACUGUGUAUGGCAUCCACCAUCGGUAGAGCUAAAUCACUCACCAGAGAUAAACCACUCUUACCACUCCUUGCAUCAUCUCAAGCUCCUCACAGGUCCACCACCAGACUAUUCUGAUGGAAAAUGUCGUCUUUGCGGAAGAAAGGUUGAUAAAGAAUUGUUUUAUCAUUGUUCUUCUUGUAACUUCACCUUGGAUUGGCGUUGUGUUCUGAACCCGCCACCACAAUAUCUUUUGGAUUUGAAAGCUCAUGAUCACCAACUCACCCUUCUUCCAAGACUCGAUUCUUAUACUUGUAAUGCCUGCGGGAUCAAGGGAGAUCGAAGCCCUUACAUAUGCGUUCCAUGUGAUUUCAAAAUCCAUCAAGAUUGUCUUAGGCUUCCGCAUGUCAUUAACGUCAAUCGACAUGAUCACCGUGUUUCUCGUACUUCUGUUCUUGGUGUUGUGAAUUCUGUGUGCGGAGUUUGCCGCAAUAAGGUGGAUUGGACUUGUGGUGGGUUUUCUUGUAAGAGGUGUCCUGACUAUGUCGUUCAUUCCAAAUGUGCCACCAGUUAUGAUGUAUGGAACGGGAAAGAACUCCAAGGAGUACCUGAAGAAGAAGAAGACGUUGAGCCAUAUGUGGUGAUAGAUGACAACACAAUACAACAUUUCAGCCACAAAGAGCAUUACCUCAGAUUCAAUGAGAAUGGUGUUCUGUAUGAGGAUACCAAACGAUGCAGCGCAUGCACCCAUCCCAUCGGUCUCCAUUCCUUUUAUGACUGUAUGGAUUGUGAUUUUUCUCUCCAUCAGAAGUGUGCUGAAUGUCCUAAAAGGAAACGACAUGUGCUACACAAUGACCGGCUCACUUUAGUUUCAAACAAGGAGCUAAAAGUCUUCGUUUGUUAUGCUUGCCAUCGAAGGUCCAAUGGUUUCAUGUACAAGCAUGGGUGUAUGGAGUUAGAUGUGUUGUGCGGUUCAAUUUCUGAGCCAUUUCUCCAUCCAAGUCACCCCCACCAUCCCUUAUAUUUUAUUCCAACAGAAGAAGAUGGAAUAUGCAAUGGUUGCAACACCAAGGAAUUUCGUCUACUCAAGUGCAUUGAAGAUGAUUGUGGAUUUGUAAUAUGCUUCAAAUGCGCCACUCAACCAAAAGUGGUUAAGCACAGAGUAGACGAUGAUCCUUUCUCACUAUGCUAUGGCGAAGAAGAAGAAGAAGAAGCAAGUGGUAAAUACUGGUGUGGCAUUUGUGAGAAAGAAACCAAUCCAAAGAAAUGGUUCUACACUUGUAAAGAUCACUUGGCUAGUUUGCAUACAAAGUGUGUGCUCGGAGACUUAGGAGGGCUCAUGCCAAGAAGCGUAGCAAAGUUGUGGGGCACAUCGUAUGAGGUGGUGCUCAACAAUAGUGUAACUCGCCCAUUUUGCAUCUGGUGUAAGUAUCGUUGCAUGUACCAUAUCUACCUCAAGGUGCUUGGAAACUCAGAGACGUACUAUUGCUCUUUUCGUUGUUUAUAAUUCUUUAAAUGGAGACAUGGUCUGCUUGGAACCUCAGAGACAUACAUUAAAACUGUAGUGUAAAAAAAGUAGGCCAUGGAGGCAAGAUGUCUAUUCAUUUAAGUUUCUUAUAUUCUUCAUUGGACAAGUUCAUUUCCACUAUGGGUUGAUCUCCCUAAUCUA